AUGCAAUGGAAGAGGUUUAGACCAGGAAAGAGAAGCAUGGUCCGCCGUAUAUAGAGCCGGGUAAAGAAUGAAGCUGUACUGCUUGUCUGGGCAUCCGACUUUACCAUGCAACGUACUCAAGUUCAAAUCUACCACCAUCAUGUUGGACUGUGGGCUCGAUAUGACCUCAGCUCUCAACUUUCUCCCACUGCCUUUGGCCCAGAGUCCAAGGCUAUCCAAGCUCCCAGGAUGGAUCUUAAAAGAUGGAAGCAUUUUCUUGGACAAGGAGCUGAAAGACUGUUCUGGCCGUGUCUUUGUGGACUCUGUUCCUGAGUUUUGUUUGCCAGAGAUGGAACUGAUUGACCUGUCUACAGUGGAUGUGAUCCUGAUCUCCAAUUACCACUGCAUGAUGGCCUUGCCCUACAUCACAGAACACACUGGGUUCACUGGAACUGUGUAUGCCACUGAGCCAACAGUGCAGAUCGGCAGGCUUCUUAUGGAGGAAUUGGUCAACUUUAUAGAGCGAGUGCCGAAGGCUCAGUCUGCCUCCUUGUGGAAGAAUAAGGAGGUGCAGCGGAUGCUUCCUGCACCCCUGAAAGAUGCUGUUGAAGUUGCAACAUGGAGAAGAUGCUACAAUAUGCAGGAAGUUAACUCUGCACUCAGUAAGAUCCAGCUGGUGGGAUAUUCCCAGAAAAUUGAGCUUUUUGGUGCAGUACAAGUCUCUCCUCUCAGUUCUGGAUAUGCACUGGGCAGCUCCAAUUGGAUCAUCCAGUCACAUUAUGAGAAGGUUUCCUAUGUCUCAGGAUCCUCACUCCUGACAACUCAUCCACAGCCCAUGGACCAGGCUUCUCUUAAGAACAGUGAUGUUCUUAUCCUGACUGGACUCACCCAGAUUCCCACAGCUAAUCCGGAUGGAAUGGUGGGCGAAUUUUGCAGUAACCUUGGAGAUAAAAAUAGGUUAUGUCACAACAAGCAGACAAAAGUAUACCUACCAGAACCUCCCUUUCCUCAUGCAGAGCUCAUCCAGUCAAACAAGCUGAAGCAUUACCCCAGCAUCCAUGGAGAUUUUAGUAAUGACUUCAAGCAGCCUUGUGUGGUAUUCACUGGUCAUCCCUCGCUUCGGUUUGGCGAUGUGGUGCAUUUCAUGGAACUGUGGGGGAAAUCCAGUCUCAACACGGUUAUAUUUACAGAGCCUGAUUUCUCUUAUCUGGAUGCAUUGGCCCCCUACCAGCCACUGGCCAUGAAGUGCAUCUAUUGUCCUAUAGAUACCAGGCUGAAUUUUAUCCAGGUGUCCAAACUACUCAAAGAAGUACAGCCUCUCCAUGUGGUUUGUCCUGAGCAAUAUACUCAGCCUCCUCCAACUCAAUCCCAUCGCACAGAUUUAAUGGUUGACUGCUUACCUCCACCCAUGUCCUACCGUAGAGCAGAGGUGCUAACUCUUCCAUUCAAACGCCGCUAUGAGAAGAUUGAAAUCACCCCUGAGCUUGCAGAUUCACUGGUACCCACCGAGAUGAAACCAGGUAUUUCCUUGGCAACUGUUAGUGCUGUUUUGCACACUAAAGACAACAAGCAUGUACUCCAGCUCCCACCAAAACUCCCCCAGCCUCAGCCUGGCAAAAAGAGGAAGAGAGUAACAGAUGAUGUGCCGGAACUCAAGCCUACCAAACCUCUCCUAAGUGGUUCUAUCCCAGUAGACCAACUGGUACAGACUCUGGAAAAGCAUGGCUUCAGCGACAUCAAAGUGGAAGAUACCCCGAAAGGACAUCUGGUGCUAUUCCAGGAUGUGGAAACUCUAAUCCGCAUUGAAGAAGAUUCGACGCACAUCAUGUGUGAGAAUGAUGAGUCACUUCGGGUGAAGCUGCAGGACCUCGUCCUCAAAUUCCUGCAGAAAUUCUAGACUUUAUCCUGCCAAAGUCACACGCCCUGCUCUCCUUAGCUUACUGAAGAGGGGAGAAGCCUAAACCAAGGAUUUGGGGUUACAAGGUAGGGGAGCAGGCUUGAAAAUCAGGCCUGCAGUUGCACACCUUUGAUUUGUGAGAGACUCAACAGGUAGGUGUGCUAUUCUCUCUCCUGUAAGGAAGAUGAUAAGAACCACUGUUUAUACGAGGCAAAGUUAAGGAGACCUGGUUUAUUCUAUCUAGAUACCUUGCUAUAAAAAUACCCUUCUGUUUAUUAACUGCAGCAUAAAAGAUGGGAUUUAGCUGAUAUUACAACUGCAGCAGAAUUCAGAACUGUUGAUGAACAGCCUUUCCUGUCAAUUGAGGGAGAAAUAAAUGUUAAAGAUGUAUUUAGUUUCAAGUUUAAUUUUAUUUUUUUAAAGUUUGUAAUACUGAACUUCUUGAUACAGACCUGAUACAGACCCUAAUAAAAUACAGACCUGCUUUGUUUUAACUGAUGGCUCAUUUUAAAUACAUGAUAAACAUAAUGCUAAGAAAUUACUUCUUAGCUGAAGGUUAUUUAGAAGCGGCAUGUAUGGAAGUAGCAUCAACGAUAGAACAAAUAUCCAAUUCCCCCCUGACCUCACCUCAAAUUUGAAAGCAUACUCUUAAUUUGUCUACUGUUUGUAAGAACUAAAAUAAGAGAAGAUAAUCAUCUUAUCAGAUCUGGGAGUGAUGGAACUUUGUAUGAGUUCAUGUGAUUAGAGUUGUGGAAAAAAUAUUCUACCUUAUAUUCUACAAACCUGAUGUCGCUCGUGUAAUUGCUUCCAUAAUCUCAUGAAGCUUAUUUGACCAGUUCAGAUUAUGAAACACUUUUGUCUUCUUUAGACUCAGAGAUCAAGCAAUAGCACUGAGACAGCUUCAUGGGGUUUAACAGCUCUCUCUCUAAGCAUAUUGCCCCCAACAAUCUGGGUCCUCAUUUUACCGAUCUCAGAA